ACCAGCACUGAACACACUGCAGAGAGGCCCUUCCGGUCACUCUGCAUGUGCUUCCCGGACCGACCGCGUGUCUCUGUCCUGUGGCUGUGAAGAAGAAGACUGUCCUGCGUAACGGAUUUUCUGCGGGACUGGACUUGUGAAGACUUCCUCCUUUUUUCUCCCUCCUCGGGUCUUCAGAGAGCGACUGAAGCUCCAUGACUCUCCACUGUGAGGGCCAAUACGCAUCCAGGCUCCUGUAGUUUAUGAUCCUGUCAUGAUGGUGGGGUCACGGUGGCUUUCCCAGCAUGCCUCUGGAGCAGCGUUCAGCAGAAGGAGCCUCAUCGUAGUUCUACCUCUGACCUUGUUGGUGGCGUCAGUGCGAGUCGGCGGGCAGCUCAUAGGAAGCCCUCUGGACUGCCACAAGACGUGCGUCUGUGCCAGCAACAUCGUCAGCUGCUCAAAGAUGAACCUGACACACGUUCCCCUCGCCCUCCCUCGAUACACUGCCGUCCUCGACCUCAGCUUCAACUCCAUCACCAGACUUCACGCCGAGUGGACCCCCAUCAAACUCAUGAGGCUGGACAGUCUGCUGCUCAGCCACAACGGUCUCGUUUUCCUCUCCUCUGAGGCAUUUGUCCACGUGAGCAGGCUGCGUUCCCUAGACCUCUCCUCUAACGGUAUACGUCAGCUGGAUGAGUACAUAUUCGAACCGCUGGAGUACCUGGAGGUGCUGCUGCUCUACAACAACCGCAUCUCUCAGAUUGACCGCACUGCCUUCUCUGGCCUCCUCAACCUGCAGAGGCUCUACCUGAGCCAGAACCAGAUCUCACGCUUCCCCAUGGAGCUGGUGAAGGAGCGGGGCCGACUGGAAACUCUCAGACUGUUGGACGUGUCCUCCAACCGGAUCAAAUCCCUCCCCCUCCAGGAGCUCCAGGCUCUGCCAGCCUGGAUCAACAACGGCCUGUACUUCCACAACAACCCUCUGCUUUGCAGCUGUGAGCUGUAUGACAUGUUGGCAAGAUGGCACCUGAAGGAGCUCAGCUCUGCCACCGACUACAGGAGCAGCCUCACCUGUCUGCUACCAGGAGCACAGAAAGAGAAACUGGCCGUUCUGGAUCUGGACAAAGUCUAUUUGAACUGCAGUGAGGUCAGAGUGAUGGAGGAAAAAGCAUAUCUGGAACAGUUCCUGGUUCUGGACUGUGACACCAGACAGAGGGACAUGAAGAAGAGCUGGGAGCUACCUGGAAACAUCCCAGUGAGCCCAGAUCACAAGACAGUCAUGGUGCGUUCAGACAGCAGCCUGCAGAUUGGGCCCCUGACGGUGGAGGACUCAGGGGUCUACACCUGUUUAGCCACCAGUGACACCUUCAAUGAGACACUUUAUGUAACUGUGCUGGUGUUUAAUUCCACCUCAAGCGGUGGACUGGAGAACUUAAAAACUGCCUACACUACCCUCGUAGCAUGUUUGGUGAGUGUGGUGAUGGUUCUCAUCUACCUCUACCUCACACCCUGCCGCUGCCCCUGUUGUCCAGAUCAGGGUCUGGAGAAAACUGACCCCACAGACAGCCUCCAUUCUUCUACUGUCAGCAUCUCUCAGGCUCACGAGGAGAUGGAGCAGCAGGAGAGAGUAAAAGGCGGAGGAUUCUCCUACAGACAAGUGCCCUUCCUGCAACCCAAGGACCAGCUAGAGCAGAAUGGCCGGUUAAACCCAAUAGGUGAGGAAGACGAGGAGUGGCAGGGGGACAGCAGGGAGAGGAGGAGGUCAGACGCAGAGUCUGUCAGCUCCGUGUGCUCAGACACACCUAUGGUGGUGUAAAAAAAAACAAGAGGCACAGCCCAAAGAGCAAGUAAUGGCUUGGUUCAUGUGAAAAUUGAUGCUUUGAAUGUGUGCAAUAUUCAAAAGUUAGCAUCUUCCAAACAAAGUUCAAACUGUUGACUCGUUGUAGCAUGAAGUGUUUUCAAAAAAAGAUAUCAGCAGUGAUAAAAUCAUUCAAAUACAAAUCAAACAACGUGAUAAUGCCUAGGCAUGAACUCACAUUCUCCUGUGAUUUUAAAUUAUUUAAUGAAUGAAUAUAGAUUAGUUGUCUCACAGGUUUGAAUUUAUUACUCUGCUAAAAGUUUAAGUCUAAAAGGAAAUUAAGGUUAUUUUUUGGAACGUGUCAAUGCUACAUUCUGGCUUGCCCUGCAAGAAACUGCUAUGCAAGAAGCUAGAAAUAUUAGAAAUGUCAGGAGUGUUUAAAAAAAGAAAAAGAAAUAGCUACCCUAACAGUAAUUACUCCACAAACAGCAUGAAAACAUUUCCUAUAGGGCUUCACUCUGAGAACAGUUAAAGAGCAUUUUUUAUAGCACAGGGGAACAUUAGUUCUUAAGAUGUUGGACGAUGCUGCUCCUGCUUGAAAGAUAAAUCGAUUUUUAUGCAGAGCUUGCAAAGCUCAUUUAAUCAUUGCUAGAACAUGUAGAUUAUUUAUGCUGUCUUUACAGUCCUGUUUGGUAUGUCGGCCUUCACAGGACAUGAAACUGUAAGAAUUUGAAUGCAAUUUCAGUGAUUUAUAUUAUUUUAGGAUGAAGUGGGAUUAAAUGCUCAUGAUGAACAUCAUGUUUGCAGUAGUUUACCUUCUGCUGAAAUGCUGCUUUGACACUAUACAGGUCAAUUUGAAGUCAGGAUUCAGGAUAAUGAGAUGAUAUCAAUACAUUUUACUUUGACUAUAAUUCUCUCAAAUCAGAUUCUGAGGAAGUCUCAUUUCUAUCAAAUCUACUUGUUUCUCCAUACCAAGAUGAUCAUGUUUAAAGAAUCAUUUCAGAUAAACCUGACUACAUACAGUGUUGUGGCAGUUUUUCACAUCACAAUGACCACAUUAACAAUGCAAGCAAUACUGAAAACUGAUACCUGGUUGUUUGUACUACAACCAUCGACCACCAUGAGACAGAUAUCGUCUAAGCCUGUAAGUCUUCUCAUUAUUCUUCAUCCAGUUUCUCCAGUCGUGGAGAAUCGUUUUCCUCUAAUUGUUGGAUAAAACUUCUUACAUCAUGAAUACAACACAUCUGCUAAGUAUUUCAAGCCUACUAUUAACUUAUGCCUGUUUAUUUUAGUGGGGACACCUGUUUUCAGUGUCAUAAGGUAGACUUAAUCCUUUUAACUUAAUAACUGAUCAUUACCUUAGGGUCUGCAGAGAUAACAAUGUUUCUUGUUCAGACCAAAUUGUAAUCUAAUACACAAUUUGUCACUGAGUACAAAUGAUUAAAAAAAAUAAAGCUGCUGUAUUUUUCAGAUUACAAUGAUAAGUUUGGUGUGAGAUACAGAUUGUCAUCUUGCCUGUUCACCCUGCUAUAGCGGACAGGAUGCAUCACCCAGGGGAAACAACAGGGAGCAGGCAUCGUCUAUUUGAGUCCUUCUGGGCAUUAGUGCCCAACCCAGCUAAUCAGAAAAUGCCAGCAGGCAGACUCGCAAACAGUCAGAAAUAGUAGCUACGACAGGGAUAAAACAUAAAUAAAGAGAAGCAGCUUUCAAACCUAUCUUGAUAGUUGUUGAAUUGCUAAAACACCUUCAUCUUGUUGUUUUUAUUACAAAAAAAGGAAAUAGUCAAAUACAAAUGAUGGUUUAAAAAAAAUGACCUUAUUUAAGUUGCAAAUAGCUGAUUUUUAACUCAAUUAAAGCAAGCUGCUCAUGACACAUCACAUACUGUGCCAGUGACGGUAACAGAUGUAGCAAUGUACUGUGAAUGUACUUUUAUGCUUUCAUUUCACAUGGUGCUUUAUCAAGAUUACUUUAUCAACACCUUAACUAAAUGUCUCUGACAAUAAUACCUCUGGAAGUGUUAUGACAUUGUGACAGUCAUCUGAUUAUAAUUCAUGCAGUUUCAUCACUUGAUUGAAUUGUUUAUGUUUUCUUAUGCUAAUGUCAUGUUUAUGUCUUUCUGUCCCCUGAGAGUCACCUAUAACCAAAGACUGAGUCCCAUGAUGAGAAUCUGCACAUUCAGUGCUUACAGACUUAUAUUGUCCUGUCAUAUUCUGUUUUUCUGUGGUAACACAUUUAAGUUUAAUAUAUGCAAUCAUGUUGUAAAAGUGACUGUUUGUCAGUGUUUCCUGCAUAAUCUCUUGUCUUUAUUAACCCUGUGGUUCAUAAACUACAAAAACAUGGCAACAAAGACUUGUCAGGUGUUGUGCAUUGAAUUUGUUGACCUGAAGUUACAAAACUGAACGGGGGGAAAAAGUUAAAGGAAUGGUUUGUGAUUUAGGAAAUAUGUGACUUCAGUGAGGAAUUGAUUUUCUGAGGGUAAAACAAAUUGCUUGUCUUUGUCUUUCAUAAUCUCAACAAAGGUACAGAAGUUUAAAUUGUAAAAAUGACAUGUUGGUGACAACAACUACUCAAGAAGUCAGAUUUUGUUUUAUAUCAUGCUAGCGAUGUAUAGGCCUACUCCUGUGUAGUCUUAAAGCUAAGCUAACUUUUGGCUGGUGGUUAUCCACCUGUUAUCUUUCUUUGUGCAAACAUUUGUCUCUUUCCCCGAACGUCAAACUUUUAUGUACACUCCAGAUGUGAUAGCACAGAUGUGUUGAUGAUAUAUGUUUACAUCUAAGAUCAGACUUUAGUCUGUUGGGUUAGCAUGUGUCUCGGCUGACCUCCGCAGAAACUAUUUACCAAGGGAGUCCUGUGUGUGCACUCAUUUCUCUCCAGUGUUACUGCCUACUUUUCAGUAACACUGAAUCUCACUUUUUGAGAUGAAUACAGCCAGCAAGAUCAGUGCCAUGUUGGCCUCCGACAUCCUGGUGUUUUUCAUCAAAUGUAUGUCUCAUAUUUCUCUUUCAAUGUGUUAUCUUGAUAUUGUGUAGAUAAGCAAGAAGAGUCAGGAUGAGUGGAGCAUGCCAUAUCACAUCUCUAGUGACAAGUGACAGUGGAUCAAACUUGAGUUGAUUUUUAUGAAGAGGUUGGUCUGACAGAUGCUGCAGUGUGAUCCCUCUCCUGCUGCCUCGCUGCAGGAUGAAUCAUUGAAGAGGUCUGCAGGGACGCCCAUGCUCCCUGUUCAGUCUCAUGUUACCGUGUUUACCCUGUCUGUAUGCAACAGCAGCUAGGUGUGAGCAACCAUUAAAAAAAAGGCAAUACAGGACUGAUUUCAGAGUUGUUUCAUUAUUAAGAUGUUGAAUGGAAACUAUUGAUCUGACAGCAGGCGUGAGAGGGUUAAUGAUAGCUGUGUGUCGAUGCAUGUGUUAAAGUGGGAAAGAGCUGAAUGACGCACCCCCCUCUGGUUAUUAAAUCACAGGUUAUAAUUAGAACAAAUAGAGCAGCCCAAAGAAAAUCUCAGAUCACUGUA